CAGGGGCAGACUGACCAUUUGGGAAUUUGGGCAGUGCCCGAGGGCCCAGGGUCAGUAGGGGGCCCCAUGAGAUGCCCCUGGUACCUUUCAUAGGCUUUUUUGGGUGUGGUUUAAGUGUGAGCGAGGACACAGGGGCCCCAUGAUCCCCUAUUGCCCGCGGGCCCCAUGGGUUGUCAGUCCGCCCCUGCUGUGACAGUCAGUGCUGUCUAUCAGUGUUCGUCAGUGCUGCCUAUCAGUGCUGCCUAUCAGUGCCCAUCAGUGCUACCUAUUAGUGCC